UAUAAAAUGCGCCGCCGACGGUACAGAAGGCAUCAGUUUAGUUUGUGCUUUCCAGUGAAUAGGUAUACAGCUUGGAAAGAUGAAGCUCUUCUACAUUGUUCCCUUCGUGGUGGCGGUAGUGGCCGGUGCUUCCACUGCUACUGACUCCGGUGCGAGUAAAGUAGUGGAGAAGCGCAGCGUUUGGGGCCAGUUCUUCCCGAUGCAUCCUCAGUUCUCUGCAAGAUCCGACGGACACGCGGGGCUCGGAGGCGGUGAGUCGGGUGGCAAGAACGAACACGGACAUGCCACAACACAGGGACUGGGUCAUUACGAGUCGAACCAGGAGGACUACCACAGCUGGAAGCCACUGGAAGCCUUCGGACACUACGGUCAGCUUGGGGACGAGCACAAGUUUGGCGAACAGUUCCACCAUGGAGGAGAACAUGGAGGAUCGGAUGGCAAACAUGGCGGCUUCGGCGGUCAAGGAGGAGAGCAUCACGGAUUUGGUGAUUCGCACGGGUUUGAAGGACAGCACGGCUUUGGAGGACAUCAAGAGCUGGCAGGACACGAAGGACUCGGCGGACAUGGUGGCUUUGAAGGGCACGGUGAUCUGGCAGGACAUGGAGGUCACGGAAGUCAUGGGGGUCUAGGAGGACAUGGUGGCUUUGAAGGACACGGAAGUCACGGUGACCUGGGUGGACAUGCUAGCUUCGGAGGACACGCCAGCUUCGGAGGACACGGUGAUCUGGGAGGCCAUGGUAGCCACGGUGGUCUGGGAGGACACGGCGAUGCCGGAGGUCACGGAGGACACGGUGGAUUCGGAGGACACGGCGAUCUCGGAGGACAUGCCGCUCUCGGCGCACACGAAUCGUUCGGCGAUCAUGAAUCCUUCGGUGGUCAUGGUGAUGCGGGAACACAUCAAGCGUUCACCCACGGCGAUAACCACGGAUUUGGAGGACACGAAGGAUACUCGUACGGUGGAGAUCAUCACGGGUUCGGUGGACAUGACGAUCAUCACGGACAUCAUCACGGGGGCGACAAGGAACAACCCAUCAAGGAACUCCAUCUGGAUGCUACCUACGAGCACGAGGAUGAUCACAAGGAGCACAAGGAGCACAAGGAACCGAAGAUCAAGUACAUCACCGUCACGGAACGCGUCCCGGUGCCGUACAAGGUGACGGUCGAGAAGAAGGUGCUCGUCCCGAUCAAGGUCCCGUACACGGUGCACUCGGAGAAGGUCGUCCCGAUCGUGGUGGAGAAGAAGUUCCCGGUUGUGGUGGAGAAGCACGAGAUCAUCCACGUGGACAAACCGUACGAGGUUAAGGUGCCGCACAAGGUUGAGGUCCAUAAGAAGGAGAUCGUGAAGGUGGAGAAGCCGGUGCCGGUGAAGAUUGAAAAGCCCGUCCCGUACAAGGUCGAGAAGCCAUACAUUGUGCACAAGCACGUGCCGGUGAAGGUGUGGGUGAAUGUUAAGAAGGAGCACCAUGAUUAGGCGUCCUCGUGUGCAACUAGUGCACUGCUUGGCUGUUGUUCUUCGAUAGACAACUACACACUGUUUUUAGAAUAGGCUUAAGCUUACUAGUUACAGCUUCGCAAUACAAUUUCGUAUUGGAUUUUUUGAAGAUCACCUUUAAAUUCGUAAUCAAAUUGACUGAACCACAAUAAACGUAAACAAAUCUUACAACUUAA